AUGCAGACCAGUUCCUUCAACACCACAAAUAUACUGCUAGUACGCAGUCGGUUUGCGGCUCGUUGGAAUACUGCUGCUGCAAAUGCUGCUCGUAAAGUACAUCCUGUCUCUCAAUUGAGCAUUGAACUCGCUAACGAACUGAAAGCGCAUCAGAACUCUCUAUCAGCCUUUAAUCUUUUCAAAAAUAGGCUGUACGAAGUUUCUCAGUCCCUUCAGGAUACCCGUUUUACUUUGCAAAGAUCCUUUGGGCUCAAUUCCGUCCUAGUUCAGCUUUUACAAGCAUCUAGGAAGGACCUGAAUAAUCCCUCUGAAAAUGACAGUCAACUGCCUCCUAAUCCAUAUGAAAUUCUCUGUCUUAUGUGCGAGUACGGGCUGGCGCGUGAUUCCCACUUCCAAAUCGUCUUCGAACAUUUGAUCGCCCUAAAUGCUCCUCAAGAUGUCUUAGGCUUGUGGGUCAAGUACCUCGAAACUCUCGCUGAAAACCCCAAGAUGGUGAUCUCAACAUAUGCCAAUCAUCACGCAAAUAACUUGGCGUUAGCUUCUAUCGGAUAUCUAAUGCUUCCUGGAAACUCACCCAACUUAGCAGAAUUAGCCCAAGUUUUGAACUUGGGCGAAAAAACGGAGCAAUUGCCACUUCCAAGGAUACGGUACAUCAUUGACACCUUGAAUAUGGACUCUGUUACGCGCAAGAACGCCAAAGAGCGCUUUUCUCGCUUGGUACUCGAGUUUUCUCAGACGUGUAAACUCGAAUUUGAAAAACAAUUGCAAAGACUUGAUCAAGUGCAGGAUGUGCAAAACCUUUUUCAAGGUUUAAAAACAGCUGCCCAAGCUUCUGGUCAGCAGCUCAGUACGGACACUUUUGCAACCUUCAUGAAUAAAUUUAUUGAACUGAACAAACCUCAACAAGCCAUAGCUGCCUUCAAUACCGCCAAAGAGGCUGGUAUUCUCGACAUAAGCUUGAAAAACGCCCUUCUCGUCGCCGUGGCGAAUAUCCCUGUCUAUGGGCGUGAUGUUAGAGAACAGAAGAUCAAGCGGAUUGAAGCCGUUUGGAACACUUAUAUUUUAACAUCGUCUGGAGCUAUCGGAGUGGACUCUUAUAUUGCGCUUGUCACAGCUUUAGGUGAAAGUCGUAACUUUCAGCAUAUGCAACAACUCUGGAACAAUGAAAUUCCUAUCGCACUGAAGUCCGAUCAAUCCUUGACGGAAGCGUACCUUUUGUUCCAAUCUUAUCGCAAAAAUUUCAGUUUAGAAGGGAUUCAAAGUCAACUCCCGGAGAAAAUCGGAUCCAUCAAGCUCGCCAAUCAAGUGCUCCUCAAAAUGAUCGAGGAAAGGCGUCUUGAAGCCGACAUCAAUCAAUUUUAUCGCAAGCACUUUUCUGAUCCAGAUGCCCCACUGAAGGCUGAUGAUACUACAUUAGCUCUGAAGAUGUACAGCAAUUAUACUUACACCAAAGAUGCUGAAUUUCAAUUUAUGAGAAGUAUCUCAAAAAGUAAAAACGAUGUAAGAGCGACUAGUGCAAUUUUCAAAAAGUUCUCCGAAAUUUGCCCCGACAUCGAAGUGACACGCGCACUUUUCAACGAAAUACAAACCCCACUUGAUGCUAAGAAAUAUGGGUACAUGAUUACCGCAGAAAGUAAAGCUGGAAAUAUCAAUGCCUGUGAAGAUAUUUUCAAAAGGUUUGCACAAGAUACAAAAAGCAUGAACAACAUCACUAGGUCUAUUCUGGACCCAAUUAUUGAUGCUGUCUGUGAACAAUGUAUACAAGAUAAAUCGGCAGCCAAAUUGGAGAAAAUCAAUAUCUACGCCACUUUUGCAAAGCGUGCUCAAAAGUCUCUCUCCUUUGCAGCUGCGUCCAGGAUUCUUCAUACUUUGGCUAUUCUCUCCAAAACGAUGCAUGGCGGUUUCACUACCCAACAAAACGAUAUUCUCAUGGCACUACUUCAAGAUAUCCAUUCAAUGAAGAAUUUCACGCCAUCUAAAAGGGAUAUUGACGUGCUCAUUCAAAACAAAAUUUCCGUCCCCAAAAGUACGCUUUAA